AAGACCUCAUCAACAUUAAUGGCAACACUCAUUUCUCUAGCCAACGCUUCUCCGGUUGAGGACGCAGAAGUUCUUCGGAAAGCUUGUAAAGGAUGGGGGACGGAUGAGAAGGCAAUAAUAAAGGUGUUGGGGCACAGAAAUGCGUCUCAAAGGAAGCAAAUCAGAGAAUCAUAUGAGCAGCUAUUCGAAGAGGAUCUUGUCAAGCGUCUUGAGUCGGAGCUUUCCGGCGAUUUUGAGAAAGCUGUGUACCGCUGGGUACUGGAGCCUGAAGACAGAGAUGCUGUUCUGGCAAAUGUGGCCUUAAGGAAAUCAGAGACGGACUUCAAAGCGAUAAUUGAACUCUCUUGCAUUUUAUCUCCUGAAGAGCUGUUGGGUGUGAAGAGAGCAUACCAAAAUCGCAACAAACAUUCCUUGGAGGAAGAUGUGGCCGCUCGCACCACAGGAGAUCUCCAAAAGCUUUUGGUGGGGUUGGUGAGCACAUACCGUUACAAUGGGGAAGAGGUGAAUGCAAGAUUGGCGAGUUCCGAAGCCGAUAUUCUUCAUGAGGCCAUCAAAGACAAAGCUUUCAACAAUGAGGAAGUCAUUAGGAUUUUGAGUACAAGGAGCAAGGCACAGCUCAAUGCUACCUUCAAUCACUACAGAGAUGUCAACAAGACUUCCAUCACUAAGGAUUUGUUGGGUGAGUCUGCAAACGAUUUCCAGAAGGCGCUGCAUACGACGGUUCGAUGCACAAACGACCCUCUCAAGUACUACGCAAAGCUGCUGUGUGAUGGAAUCAAGAGGUUUGGAACUGAUGAGGAUUCGGUGACUAGAGUGAUUGUGACAAGGGCAGAGAAGGACUUGAAAGACAUCAAGGAGGUUUAUUACAAGAAGAAUAGUAUCUCCCUUGAUGAUGCUGUUGCCAAGGAGACUUCAGGGGAUUACAAGGCCUUCCUCCUCGCUCUUCUCGGAAAGGAAGACUAA